AGGAUGGAGAAGGGGCGAAGCACUCCGAAACAGUACGGAUCUCUGGAGCAAACGGAACCCUGUGGGAACUCAUCCAAACACGUUGAAGAGGAAGUGGUGUCUAUGGCUGAUUCCACCAUCACUGUGGAGGACAUAGAGGGGGAGCUGUUCAAAAUCGAGAGGAUACAAGAUGUGCUGGUCCGUAAAGAGUCUGAACUGAGAUAUAUGAUGGACGACAUCCAGCUGUGUAAGGAAAUAGCAAGGCUCAAAAAGGAACUUCAGAAACUAGUUACCAUCCCAGACAAAGAAAAAUCCAAUGAGGACAGACAGCGUGAGGAAGAACUCCUGCAGCAAAUCCAGAAACUGGUGGAGACGCGAGACUUUCUGGUUGAUGAUAUGGAGUUUGAGAGACUGAGAGAGAGAGAGGAGGACAAAGAGAUGGCUGACUUCCUGCAGUCAAAAUUUCCCAACAGGUGCAGCAGAAAAGAUCACACUAAGGACGAGAAGAGAAUGACGUCCAGAGCCCAGCAAACCACGUCUCCUUACUUGACCAAGACGGGUUUCACCCUGCUGAAGGAGUGCUGUGGCUUCACCUGCUCCAUCAUGUAG